GGAAACUCGAGCUCAGACGCUGGAGGUUCGCGGAUUAAAUGAAAGUAUAGAAUUAGUGUCGAACACUAAAAUAAGGAGUCUCUGAAACCACUUAUUUAUUGUUUUCUUCUUUUGCGGGAUACUAAAGUUUGGCUGUCAAGUGUCUGCAUCUCGUCCACUCCUCGGCAUGGCUGAGCCUGCUGAGCUACUGCUCAUCAAGGACCAGUAUGAGCUGGCAUGUCAUUCUCUGAGCCGCGGGCAGGCUGCUGAAGAAGCCGGGAAGACAGGGGAGGCCCUGGUGUAUUACAGGAAAGGUCUAAAGCACCUUACCCAAGGAAUAGAGGUUCCCACUAGGGGGGAGAGACAGCAGGGAGUGUCUUGGGACACGGCUAGGCAGCUUCAGCAGAGGAUGAGGGAAACUCUAAGGACUGUCAACGCCCACCUCUCUGACCUGGAGACCUCUCAGCUGACAACAGGAUGCCACCGGUUGGUGAAUCUCUCUCCCAAUCUUUAUCCAGACCUGGCACCAAACAGUCAGCCUCCCCAAAGCUCCCUCCACCAUCUGUACCCCACCAUACCUACUAUCACCCAGAGCACAACCCCAUAUCAAAAAACACCCCCUGUCUGGCCUCUUUCCCCUGCUGCUGUGCACACACACACUCUCCCUGCAGCAGCUACAGGAACUACAGACAUGGCUAAUCCAGGGGACCAGCCUCCAGCAUACACACCACAGCCAACAGUCGGCCACCGCAGUUUGGCUUACGGUCCUGCUAGAGGUGGCCUCCGGUCAGGAAAGCAGACCGGAGCAGCAGCAGCAGGAGGGGAUGGAAAUGAGCUGCUUUUCAUCCCCUCUGGGGUGCAGAUAUUUUUCGUGGCAGCAAAUGGACAGGUCAGCUCCCUGUCUCACCCAGGCUUCCUGAGCAUCAGCACAUCUGACAGUGACCACAAGGAUGCCCCAGCUGGAAGACUCUCAGCAUUUCUACAUGUGUGUGACUGGAUGUACCCACUGACAGCAGACACUCCAGUGCUAUUGGCUAACUCUGGGAUCUUCAUGUUCCCUGACUCCUUGGCAGAGACGCCGGGGUCCUUCGUAGGCAUAGUGUUGUCCUCUGAACUCCCAGCUGCUGACCGCGAGACAUUUAAGGACCUCCUAUCACAGCUCGCUGAUCUCCGGGUCCAGGGUCCAGAGGGGGCAGGGUCAGAGGUUAUCAACCUGAGUGAGAAAAUCCCCCUUGGUCCCACAAAUGAGCAAACAAGAUUUACAGUGCCAACAGCGGAGAAGGACGGACCACAACUUCCUGGAUGGAGUGAAAAGAUAGCACAGGGAAUCUUGUCAGGAGCUACAAAGUUCAGUCAACAGUUUGCAAAAGGAGCAGAGGCCACUGGUAGGGCCGUUCAUAUAGGAGCAGCAAAGAUGCGGGACCACAUCACGCCUGAGGAAACCCCAUCACAGGUCAGCCCCCGUGUCACCAAAGGUCUGCAGGUGGCUAAACAGACCACUGGGGGUGCUUUGCAAGUCAGCCGGUUCUUGGUUAAUGGAGUGAGUAAGGUGGCAGGACAAGUGGUAGAGAAGGUGGCGCCCCAUGUGAAGAAACAUGGCGCUAAGUUGGUCCCAGAAUCUAUGAAGAAGAGCAAAGACGGCCGCGCUUCCAACUUCGAUGGAGCCAAGUUUGUGGCAGCCAGCAGUGUACAAGGUCUCUCUACUAUUUGGUCGAGUCUGGAGACUGGAGCAAAAGUAGUUGGCAAAAGUGUUGCAUCAGAGACUGUCAUGACUGUGAAGUACAAAUUUAGGGGCUUAGAGAAUGUUAUAAACAUGCCCAGCAACAUAUGACUGCACGAGAGUAAAGACAAAGACUUGUGAACUAACAGCUGACCCUGCUCAACCCUUUCAUGUACAGUUUCGUUAACCCAGCUUAAGUCAGAAAAUAACCCUCAAUAAGACAUAUUCCAAAUCUAAUACAGCAGCUAACACAGAAUUGUGUCAAAAAUGACUUCUUUUGAUUCACUUAAACACAAUAAAGUAUAUUUUGGGUUUAAGCUUCUCUUAUGUGGGUGUUAGUGUGUAUUUCUUGAUCUGUCUACAGAGCUAUGUUAACUGCUACGAAAUGUCUGCUUGUGUUGGGUGGUGCAGCUUUUGCUGUUCAUACUAUUUAGCCUGUUUUUCCUGGUUUAAUACGAAUAAAACUGUCACAAAGUGAAA